AUGGCAACUCGAGCAUCGGCACGACAGGCGGCUUUGAAGGCCAAAGAAGCAAUUACCAGCUUUGCCGAAGGAUCUUCUUCCAGCAAAGACUCCGGUGGUGCAAAGCGUAAAGCCUCCAGCGGAAAGCCCAUGUCGCCGAACAAACAGAGAGACAUUCAGUAUGAAGAGCCAAAGCCAGAGCAUACUGCUGGCCCUUCAGUUGGUCGAUUCCCGGAAGAAAACCACAAUUUUGAGCAAAGGAUGCAGAGAGAUAGUAUUCCUGGAACAAGUGCUCCUAUCGAUCAAUCAUUUCCUCCCGCUCAUCAGCUCGGAUCUUUCGCCAACCCGCCUUCAGAAUGCAAGGACCUACCAGAAUGUAAACCAACGCCCGUCAACCCCAUCAUGGAAAAUGUGCCAGGCACUCAUAUCCCGGUCGAUGCAUCCAUUAAGAAUGCCCAAGGAAUAGACUCCGGUGUUCAUAAAUCAGAAGAACGCGAACGCAUGGUCUCAUCCAACAUCAUGGAAAAGGGUAUCAUUUACUUCUUUUUCAGACCCCGCGUCAAUAUAGAGGACCCGCAUAGCAUCAAUGAAAUUGCUCGAAGCUUCUUCGUGCUCCGACCUACACCCCUUGGAGCUGAAUUCAAUUCCAGCCAAGGACCAAUGGACAAAGAUGCACGGUGUCGCCUCUUGAUGCUCCCAAAAAAGAAGUUCCCGACCUCAGCCAAGGAACGGGACAUGGCUUUUGUGGAAAAGGCAGGUCAAUCUGUGAAGGACUUGCAAGAAAAGUUCAUGGCAAGCAGUACAUAUAAGACUGCAACUCGUGGCGAGCGUACAACUGAGGAGGCUCAACCCUAUGCAGAAGGUGUCUAUGCUCUUAUGUCGACGCAGCGGGCUUCGCAUCUCGCCUAUGAACUGACCAUCCCUGCCAAGCUGGGUGAAAUCCAAGACAACUUUGGUCUUCAUCGCCGUGGUAGUUGGAUCGUGCAGUCAAAGAACCCGCAGUACCGUGGUCCACCCCUUGGUCAAUUGCCUCAAAACCCUGAAUAUCCUGAAUCUGUACUGGAGAAAUUUGGAGACCUCCGAUGGGUUCCACUGAAACCAGAAUUCAUCGAGUACCCGAAUGCCCAGAUCCUGAUGAUUGGUCAGGGCGUAGAUACUCUGGGCAAAGCCGCGACCGCCGAAGGAAAUAAAGCUCCGGGAGAGGCAGAACCUGGUCAGGAGAUAGAAAGGCUCGCAGAGGAGAACGAGCACCGAGUUGAGUCCCUUAAAGGUGAUGAAACCGUGUUUGAGGAUCUUGGACUGCACGCGAAGAAUUACCGCUCUCUUCCAACUACAUGGACUAGCAUUUAA